ACGCAUCGCACUCGGUUUUACCCAAUCUCCAAGACUUUGUCACGAAACAGCUGAUAUUUGCAGGUCACCUUUUGUCUGCUGAAAUCACAACUUCAAAGAAAAACUUUCUAUUACUGUACUCGCAAGGUGUUCUUUACCGACUCAGUGUGAUCCGCUUUUCUCAAGAUGGGUAGACCUGGAUGGAAAGACAGAUUGCAGAUUGCAUCUGCUCUUGGUAUUAUUUUCAUCACACUGACUUCUCCGGUUACCCAAGGGGCUAAAAUAUUGGUUAUACCUGUGGAUGGAAGUCAUUGGAUUAAUAUGAAAAUUCUAGUAGAAGAGCUGAAACUUCGUGGACACAAUGUUACUGUGCUUUACCAUUCUUCAUCUUCGCAUAUGAAGGAAAAUCUUGAUCUCUAUCAAUCCAUCGUUAUUCAAAUUCAAGAAAAAGAUGACAAAUCUCUGAAAAUUAUGUUUGAAAGAAUUGUGGAACUGUCAUUGAAGAGUGGUGGAACCCUUUGGGACCAUAUGAAGUUCCAAAAUUUCAUGAAGGAUAUUUUAUAUGAAAUUCACAAAUGGAAUCAAGCUUUUGGUAUUGCAAUUUUUCAAAAUAAAACCCUGUUAAAACAAUUUGAAAGAGCAAAUUUUGACUUAGUACUUACGGAUCCUGCUUUUGGUACAGGACCAAUGCUUGCGCAUUAUUUGAAAGUCCCGCAGGUGUAUAAUGUUCGAGGGCAGCUAAAUGGGGAAGCCCAUUUACUCUAUGCCCCAUCACCGCCUUCCUAUGUCCCAAAUCUUGGCACACGUUUGACAGAUAAUAUGAAUUUUUUCCAAAGAACAAGAAAUGUCAUAUAUAAUUUUUUUCAGCUUCUAUUUGUUGAAUUUGUUGUAUACCCAAUUUAUAAUGAAAUCUGUCAUCAAUAUCUCGGACCAGAUACAGACAUUCAAACAAUUCUCUUGAGGGCUGAUGUGUUGCUGAUCAGAAUCGAUUUUGUAUUUGAAUUCCCAAGACCCACCAUGCCAAAUAUUGUCUACAUUGGAGGCUUCCAGUGUAAACCAGCCCGACCACUAGCAGCAGAAUUUGAAGAGUUUGUUCAAAACUCAGGAAAGCAUGGAAUUAUUGUGAUGUCAUUAGGAACCUUUAUCGAUUCCUUGCCAAAGCAGAUUACAAUGGAAAUAGCUGAAGCAUUUGCUCAAGUACCCCAGAAGGUUAUUUGGAGAUAUGAUGGGGAAAUCCCUCCCAAUAUAGGUAAUAAUACACUACUGACAAAAUGGAUCCCUCAGAACGACCUUCUGGGACACCCCAACACGCGAGUCUUCAUUUGUCAUGGUGGUAUCAAUGGCAUUUUCGAGGCAAUCUACCACGGGGUGCCAGUGAUUGGCAUGCCUGUUAUUUUUGACCAGUUUGACAAUGUAGUCCGACUGGAAUCCCGAGGCGCAGCAAAGGUGCUUAAUGUUGGAACCAUGCAUUCGACAGAUCUAUUGCAGGCACUUAAUGAGGUGGUAAACGGCACAUUUUACCGGGAUAACAUGAAGAAACUGUCGGCUCUCCACCGGGACCAACCAGAGUCGCCAAUGGAGAGAGCUGUUUUCUGGAUUGAGUAUGUUGCCCGACACAAAGGAGCAGGGCAUUUACGCUCUGAAUCCUACCGGCUGCCCUGGUACACUUACUAUUGUGUGGAUGUGAUGGUUUUUCUGUUGUCCAUGUUCUUCAUGCUCACACUGCUGGUGGUUGUAGCACUGAAGAAACUUUGUCGUAUGGCAUGUAGAAGAAAGCAAAAGACUGAGUGAGGUUACCCUGUUUUGUAUUGUGAUAUGGUGUUUUAUGUUCUUUAUAUUUACAGUAAUUGAUUUUUUUCCCCAGGAGUUAAUCCAUGGAAUCUUCUUUCCAGAAUUCAUUGAAUUUAGCAAAGGCUAUUAUGAGAAUAAGUCAGCUGUGAUAGAUAUAUUAAAUAAUAGACUUUCUGCUUUGAUAUGCAGAAAAGAAUUUUAAACUACCUGAUUGACAUUUGACUGGGAAAAAAGGGAAUGUAAGAGAGUAAUGUGACCAGAGCUAUAAGGGAAAACAAUGUACCGGAAUCUAUAGAAAUUGAUGUUGAUGCCGCCAGGAUGGAGACUCCCACAAUGGAAUGUGUGGUAUUGUUUCUCCAUUUUGUGUUUAACCUCAGUGUGGCAGCCGUGGGCAAACAUGUGAGUGUGGGAAUGGGAACAUGGGAAUUCUACCUACCGGCCAGUGGGAAAUCAAAACUGUUGUAGUGAAUGGCAAGAAAAUGCUAAGAAAGAAGGUCUCAAUCUCCAUUGAGUCUCACUGCUGUAGUACAAGCUGCAGCAGAUGAAAUAAGGAAAUCAAAUGUAUUCCUAUGUUUUCCAUUCCCCUUUUGACCACUUUACUCCUUCUCUUCCCCUCCCUGCCCUCAUGAACUGUCCAUGACUUAAACCACCCCCAACUCCCACCUACCCCCCCAGUUCCCCACCCCCUUUCCUUUUUGCUCUGUGACCUGUUGUCCGCUCCAAUCAGGUGCCAUCUUCCUCAGGCCUUUGCCUCCUCCACCAAUCACCUCCGAGCUACUGACGUCACACCCUUUCUCUCACAUCUCCCACGUUCCUGCAAAUGUUCCCAACACAUUUAGUGUGUGUUGCUCAAGAUCUCCCCCAUUUGCAGAAACCCUUGUGUCCACCAGGAGAUGAUAACUUUAAGUAAUAGGGUUACAUUUCCACAUGAGUAAAAGCACAUUCACCCAGUUAUAUUUUCUGAACAAUAACCGUGGGCAUUAUUAUGCAAGUAUCAGAUUGCAGCUCGGAUAAAAGGGUGUUGAUUACAGAUGGACAGGUAUGGUAGAAUGCAGUUUCUGAGUCGAUUUUGCUGCAUUUUCAUUGGCAGGUUAAUCUUGCAUUGUGCAAUCUCUUUGUUCAUUAUAUAUGUUUGUAUGUUUCUUAGAUACAUAAACAUCAGGUCCAUUGUAUACUGUUGUGACCUCUAUGUAAUCCCAGCAAUGAGGUACAAUAAUGUAUUUUUAUUAGUAAAAGAUAUAUAACUAAUUCAGCUGAU